AUGGAAGUUUCAAACCCCCCUCAAGAAGACAUCCGGGAUCUUGCAUGGUUCAACUGCUUCACCUUUUAUAUCCACCAAUACGAAGAUCGGGAUGAGAAAAAUACGCACUGGGCAACAAUGAUAGUCGAAGAACUUGAUGCUGUCGCAGCGAAAUAUCGGCACCCUCUCACUUGCUGGAUUCUAAGUCCGGAAGAUAACCUCGAACCUAUCGACUUUCGUAUUCGCAGUUUGUUCUCUCUCGCAGUCUCUGCUACUAGUCAGCAAGACGGAGAUCCAUAUCAUCCAGAAGUUGAGUAUUACUACAACGAAACCGCCGACAAGCGUGAACCAAACUGGGAUCAUUUCCUAGAGCCUCAAUCUACCACAUCCCUAUGUUGUCUUGUUGCAUGGACUGAUAGAGCUAGUCAGGGUCUACCUCUUUGCCUAACGAUAGAAAUGUGCGACCUGAGUUCCGCACCUGACAGUGUUCUUUUUCAAGACUCCUCGCUAACACAACGAUUCUGGAAUGAGCAUAUCUUAAAGAAAGAGUUGAAGAUACCAAGGACUUCUAAACACAUUUGGCCCCAUCUGGACCAAGCUUUCUUGGUGCUGAGAUUGACUCAGGUGGAGACUUUGUAUUUUCACAGCAUACCGUCAUGGUCGCAUGAUGUCCUACAAUCCAAGUUCAUAGAACAUUGGAAUGGUGAAGCUGUUGCGCUCUAUUCUUGCUUGCCUUUCCUUCUUCGAAGUCUUAUUUCAAAUGUCGACGAAUACGACCCCGAGCCACUGGCUCAAAACCACAUUGCCGAAGGGCGUGAGCUUCAAUAUCCUCCAGCAUUGCGGCCUACAAUGCUUCUGUUCGAAAAAGAGUUUGCCGAAUGCGAUAGUCACCAACUACUAAUCCGGCGGUCUGGAUGUGGUAGUAACGAAAGCGCAAAUAUCAUGUCUUCCACAACAUCAGCGAAUAAAAUUCCGACUAUAAUUGGCUCUUCACAUAAUUCCGCCUACUGCUCCCGUUAG